AUGGCUCUCCUUGUGGACAAGCUGCGACCACGCACUCUCGAUGCUCUGUCGUAUCAUCCCGAGCUUUCUGAUCGCCUGCGGUCACUGGCACGAAGUGGAGAUUUUCCACAUUUACUAGUCUAUGGACCCUCGGGCGCUGGCAAGAAAACACGAGUCAUUGCAACACUUAAAGAAUUGUACGGCCCUGGCGUCGAAAAGAUCAAAAUUGACGCCAGAGUCUUCCAAACAACGAGCAACCGAAAGCUGGAAUUUAACAUUGUCUCGUCGGUAUAUCACCUUGAAAUCACUCCCGCCGAUGUCGGAACCUACGACCGAGUCGUCGUUCAGGAAUUGCUCAAAGAGGUUGCGCAGACGCAGCAGGUGGAUCUCGGUGCAAAGCAAAGGUUCAAGGUCGUUGUGAUUAACGAAGCUGAUCAUCUGACACGUGAUGCCCAAGCAGCUCUCAGACGUACCAUGGAGAAAUACAGUCCCAACCUGCGAUUGAUUCUCCUAGCCAACAGCACCUCCAACAUCAUUGCACCGAUUCGGUCUCGAACCCUGCUGGUCAGGGUUGCCGCGCCCACUGAAAGCGACAUUUGCUCUGCGCUUCAUCUUGCGGGGAAAAAAGAAGGUUGGACUGAGUCUGAGGUGCUAAACAAGAGAAUUGCAAAGGAGAGCGGACGCAAUCUGCGUCGUGCGUUGCUCAUGUUCGAAUCGAUCUAUGCGCAAAAUGAAAAAGUUACAGACAAGACCCUGAUUCCGCCCCCCGGACUGGGAGGCCCUUCUCGGCUCUUGCAUGUCCGCGCACGUCUUUAUGAUCUUUUGACCCAUUGCAUCCCACCGACAACUAUUUUGAAAACUUUGACAUUCAAGCUCGUUGCACGGGUCGACGAUGCACUGAAGCCGGAUGUUAUCAAUUGGUCUGCCUUCUAUGAACAUCGCAUCAAGCUGGGAAGCAAAGUAAUCUUUCACCUUGAAGCCUUCGUGGCCAAGUUCAUGCGCAUUUAUGAAAGCUACCUGAUGGGCAUGGACUUUUAA